AUGGAAACCAUCUCCCAAAAACAGACCAGAGGAAGGCUACAACUUCCUGCAAGACAGUCACUUGGUGAGGGCAAUAGGGUCAGAAGAAAUAAUCAAGUAGCAUCAAUAUCUCCUAGGCUACGGUCAACUUGUGCGUGCUCAAACCGUCCGGGAUCAGUCAGGUGUAGCAAGCAUGGCUACUUGGUGCCUAGUGACAAGUUAAGAAAACAUCAAGCAAAUAGAGAGAUAUUAAGGAGGGCAUUAGCACCAACAAAUCAGAGGCUAACCCUUCGUUGGUUAAACUUCCGGCCAACGCCUAGUCGGCUUUCUAACAUGUCCAUGGCCUAG